AUGCAUGUCAAUGAUGGUGUUAAAGGGCAGCCACGCGGCGCCGAGGGGAGGACGGGGGAGGAGGAGGAGGAGGAGGAGAGGGGAGAGGGUGAGGGAGUUUUAACGUGUUUUUACUCCCUGAACAAACAAGAGGAGAGAGGAGAGGAGAGGAGAGGAGGAGAGAGGAGAGGAGAGGAGAGAGGAGGAGAGAGGAGAGAGGAGAGAGGAGAGAGGAGAGGAGAGGAGGAGAGAGAGGAGAGAGAGGAGGAGAGGAGGAGAGAGAGGAGAGAGAGGAGAGAGGAGAGGAGAGGAGAGGAGAGAGGAGAGAGGAGAAGAGAGAGGAGGAGAGGAGAGGAGAGGAGAGGAGAGAAGGAGGGGAGGGGAGAGGGUGAGGAGAGUUUUAACGUGUUUUUACUCCCUGAACAAACAAGAGGAGAGAGGAGAGAGGAGGAGAGGAGAGGGGAGGAGGAGAGAGGAGAGGGGAGGAGGAGAGAGGAGAGGAGAGGAGGAGAGAGGAGAGAGGAGAGAGGAGAAGAGAGAGGAGGAGAGGAGAGGAGAGGAGGAGGAGGGGGAGAGAGGAGAGAGGAGGAGAGGAGAGAGGAGAGGAGAGGGGAGAAGGAGGAGGAGGAGAGGGAGGGUGAGGAGAGGGGAGAGGGUGAGGAGAGGGUUUUAACGUGUUUUUACUCCCUGAACAAACAAGAGGAGAGAGGAGAGAGGAGGAGGAGGGGGAGAGAGGAGGAGGAGAGAGAGGAGAGGAGGAGAGGAGAGAGGAGAGGGAGGGUGAGGAGAGGGGAGAGGGUGAGGAGAGAGGGUGAGGAGAGGGUUUUAACGUGUUUUUACUCCCUGAACAAACAAGAGGAGAGAGGAGAGCGGAGAAGAGGAGAGGAGAGAGAGGAGAGGAGAGAGGAGAGAGGAGAGGAGAGGAAAGGGAGGGGAGAGGGGUGAGGAGAGGGUUUUAACGUGGUUUUACUCCCUGAAAAAAACAAGGGGAGAGAGGAGAGAGGAGAGGGGAGAGGAGGAGGAGGAGGAAAGGAGGGGAGAGGGUGAGGAGAGGGUUUUAACAUGUUUUUACUCCCUGAGCAAACAAGAGGAGAGAGGAGAGAGGAGGAGAGAAGAGAGGAGAGGAGAAAGAGAAAGGAGAGGAGAGAAGAGGAGAGAGGAGAGGAGAGAAGACAGGAGAGAGGAGGAGUAGAAGGGUUUUAAAGUCUUUUUACUCCCUGAACAAACAAGAGGAGAGAGGAGAGAGGAGGAGAGGAGAGAGGAGAAGAGGAGAGAGAAGAGGAGGAGAGGAGGAGGAGAGGAGGAGAAAGGAGAGGAGAGGAGGGGGUCAGGAGAGGAGGGGAGAAGAGGUGAGAAGAGGAGAGGAGAGAGGAAGGAAGGAGAGGAAGUGAAGGGAGGAGGAGAGGACAGUUUAAAGUGUUUUUACUCCCUGAGCAAACAAGCCUGAAGAGGAGGAGAGAGGAGAAGAGGAGAGAAAACAAGAAAGAAGAGAAAAGGAGAGGAGAGGAAAGGAGAGGGGAGAGUGGAAGAGAGGAAAAAGGAGAGGAGAAGAACAGGAGAGAGUAG